AUGGCCUUCUCACGCGCUGCUUUGUUGCUCCUCCCCCUGGCGGCCGCGGCGGCCCUCAACGUCACGUUCCACGCCGACGACAGCUUCGACGUCACGAUCGACGGCACGCCCUGGCUCUCCGGCGGCGGCGUGAGCGUCCAGAGCGGCGGCGAGCUCCUCUCGACCUGGUCGAGCACCCUCGCGCCGACGGGGCCCUGGGAAUUCUACGGCGGCGCCGACGUCCGCGGCGAUUUCACGGCGCGGCGCCGCGGCUACGCCGCGCCCGGCGCCGCCGCGCCCCUCGUCGUCGUCGAGUGCCUCGCGUACGACGGCGCGGUCCGCUUCGCGCAGACGUUCCCGGCCGGACUGGAAGACACGGGCGGCGACGGCGUCGUCGCCGAGUGGCCCAUCCUCGGGCCGAACGCGACGGGCCUCGGCGUGCUCACGUUCCAGGGCCGCUUCAUGGAGGGCUCCAAGGCGACGGCCUGGACCGGCGCGAGGAGCGUCACGACGGGGGCCUACGGCGGCCCCCUGGCCUUCUUCGACGACGCGGGCCGCGUCCUCGUCGCGUCGCUCGGGUCCCACUUCGCGACGGGCGCCCACGCGGCCUCGGCGCGCGACGCGAACAGCUUGGCGUUCGGGAUUCUCGGGUCCGCGACGUCCGUGCCGGAGGGCUUCUCCGUCGACGUCGCGCUCACGUACGACGCGAAAGGCCUCACGGCGGCGGUCAAGGCCCACGGCGCGUCGCUGUUACAGACGUACGGCACGGAGCGCGUCGACGACUACACGACGUCCUACCUGGGCUACAGCACGGACAACGGCGCGUAUUACUACUACAAGCCGAACGGCACGUACGAGCGGACGCUCCUCGACGUCCGCGCGUACGCCCAGGCCGAGCGGAUCCCCUACCGCUACGCGCUGCUCGACAGCUGGUGGUACACGAAGGGCGCCGGCGGCGGCGUGAAGAACUGGACCUGCACCGCGGAGACGUUCCCGGGCGGCUGCGCGGACUUUUCGGAAACUACCGGCUGGAAGUUCCAGCUCCACAACCGCAUGUGGAGCGCGGACAACGUCUACGCGAAGCAGAACGGCGGGUCCUACGACUUCCUCGUCGAGGGCGACCUCGCGAUCCCGACGUCCCAGGCCUUCUGGGACGACCUCAUGGCCGGCGGCGCGGCCUGGGGCAUGGCCGUCUACGAACAGGACUGGAUGUACAACGAAUUUUUGGGUUUAAACGCGACGCAGACGUCGGCGACGCUCGCCGAGGACUGGCUCCGGGAGAUGGCGAAUGGCGCGUCCAACGCGGGCGCCGCCGUGCAGUACUGCAUGGAGAUGGCGCGCUUCGUCAUGCAGGCGGUGGAGCUGCCCGCGGUCACGCAAUUCCGCGCGUCCGACGACUACGGCGCGGGCAACGACGCCAAGUGCGGCUUCCCCUACUGCGUCUACUACGUCGGCACGACGAGCCUGCUGGCCUACGCGCUGGACCUGAAGCCGUCCAAGGACAACUUCUGGUCGACCCAGGUCCAGCCGGGCAACGCGUUCAACAACCGGACGAUGGAGCGCUUCUCCGACAUGCAGGCGGCCAUCGCGGCGCUGUCGUCGGGGCCCGUGCAGGUGUCCGACGGCGUCGGCUACAGCGACCGCGCCGUCAUCCUGCGGACCUGCGACGACCGCGGCAGGCUGCUCCAGCCGUCGCGGCCCGCGUCCGCGGUCGACGCGGCGUUCGCGGCCGCCGCGGGCGUCGGCGCGGGGCCCGCCGCGCGGAUCCCCAACGUGCUGCCGGUCAUGGCGACGCACACGGCCAUCGGCGCGUAUAAGUGGGGGCACAUUUUGACCAUCAACCUCGCCGAAGACUUCCAGCUCGACGCGUCGCACCUCGCGCCGACGGAUUGGGACGCGGCCGCGGACGCGGUGGUCUACACGGGCUACGGGAAGGCGUCGAACGUGACCGUCUCCGCCUUCCCCGUGACCCUGAAGGCCUGCAACGAGUCCGACUUCUCCGUGCACCACGUCGCGCCGCUGUUCGACAACGGCUGGGCGUACUUGGGCGAGGUCGCGAAGUGGGUCCCCGUCGCGGCCGCGCGGACCGCGUCCGUCGCCUUCGACGACGCCGGCGUCUCCGUCGUCCUCGCCGGCGCGCCGGGCGAGGCCCUCGAGCUCGCCUUCUACGCGCCCAACAAGACUGUGGUGUCCGCUUCCUGCGUCCUCUCGGAGUCCGGCGCCGCGACGCUGGCCGCGUCGGACUACGGGGUCGCCCCGCGAAAAGCGAGGUUCGCGUGGAUCGCGUCCAUCCAGGCGAGCGUGGGCGCGGCGAGGCCGUCCCGGAUGGCAGCAAUGGGAACUCGCUCAUUCUUGUGGGCUGCCCUCGCGGCGGCCGCGGUCGCCUCCGAAAGCAAGGACCCGCGCUUCAUCCCGACGGGCCGCGUCAUCGCCGGCAUCGACGGCGGCUACAGCGACCAGCCGCAGUGCCUGCCGACGCCGACGGCCGGGGGCUGGCUCUGCACGACCACAGUCACCAGCAACCACGAAGGCGGGCCGGGCGAGCACAUCGCGUCUUCCCGCACGACGGACUUCGGCGCGACCUGGUCCGAUUCCGUGCCCCUGGAGACGGGCGCGCUGACGAACGCGUACAACGCGCUCUUCGAAGACCCGAAGACGGGCCGCGUCGUCGCGCUCUACGGAAUGAACGACGACAACGUGACCCUUUCGCCGUCGGGCGACACGCUGCGCCGCACAGCGCGCCGCACGGACGUCCUCGGCUACUUCCGCAUGCGCUACUCCGACGACGGCGGGCGGUCCUGGAGUAAGGACCACUGGCGCGUGCCGCUGCGCCGGACGCGCGUCGACGAACACAACGUGCCCUUCGACGGGAACGUCACGAUGCAAUGGUGCGUGGACAAGGGCAUCGUGACGGACGACGGCGGCGCUCUGGCGGCGUUCACCAAAGUCGGCACCUUCGUGAGCAGCCCGCCGGAGGAGGUCUUCCUCCUCUACUCGCCGAACCUCUUCGCGGUCGGCGACGAUUUCUCCGAGGCGGUCUGGAAGACGGUCGGGUCCGGGGCCGACGCGGACCGGGGCCUGCGCCAGUGGCCCGACGACAAGCCGGCGGUCUCGGCGGAGCCGCACGUCGUCCCGGUGCCCGGGGGCUACCACCUGGUCUAUCGCACGGACGCCGGGUACCUUGGCGCCGCGAGCGCGCCGGCCGCGGACGGGCCCUGGGCCCUCGUGGAGGGCACCUGGGCCGCGUACCGCGUCGACGCGACCUUCCCCUCGCAAAAGACGUACCAUUUGAAGAACCCGCGGGGCCCGAUCACGCCGCGGCUCUUUCGGAAGGUCCGCGGCGCCGCGACUCCGACCUACCUCAUGCUCUAUUACAACAAUCCCGGCUCACCCACCGGCACGAUCAUGGGCUACCCGUCCCGCUGCGUCUACUGGCUCGCGCCGGGCUGGGCGAAGGACGGCGUCGUCGAGUGGGGGCAGCCCGAGGUCGCGCUCUACGAAACGUACGAUUUGUGCCACGACCACAACGGGCCGGGCUACCCCGACUUCGUGGAGACGGAGGACAAAGUCUACAUCUCGGAAACCAAUAAAGCCGCCGCCUACGUCCACGAAGUCGACGCGUCGCUCCUGGCGCUCCUCUUCGAGCAGACGACCCGCGCCUCCUACGUCGACCCGGAGAAGAGCGCGAACCUCCUCGACAUCCCCGGCGGCCCGGGCCAGCGCCUCAACCCGUCGAACCUCACGGGCGGCCAGGGGCUCCCGGACCUCUCCGGCUUCGGCGCGGACGGGAUGCCGGCCGGGUUCACGAUCGAGAUGCAGAUCGAGGGCAUGGGGAAGGUCGGUGAACGCCUCUUGGACACUCGCGCGAACGGCGCCGGCGCCGGCGUCGUCCUCUCCGUCGCCAAGGCCGGCCUCGCCUUUGAAGUCUCCGACGGCGCGAACAGCGCGAAUCUGUCGACUACGAAAGACUGCGCGGCGGCUCUCGCCGAGGACGGCCAGCACCAAUUCGCGGUCGUCGUCGACGCGGGGCCGUCCCUCAUCACGAUGGUCGUCGACGGCCGGCUCUGCAACGGCGGAAACUCGACCUCCUACGACGCCAAGGGCUGGGCCCAGUACCAGCCCGCGGUCCUCGGCGCCGUCGACGCCGGCGCGAAGGUCCAGGUCGGCCCCGACUUCUCGGGCGUCAUCGGCAGCCUGCGGCUCUACGGCACGGCCCUGCGCCACACGGAGGUGCUCGGCAACCAGCGCGCGGACCGAGCGCGGAAAUAG